AUGGCCCAACGAAGAAUCAUGAAAGAUCUGACUCAACUUCAACAAAAUCCGUUGGAGGGUGUGCGAGCAGCACCACUCGGAGACGAUGUGUUCAAUUGGAAUGCCUAUAUUGAUGGGCCCGCUGAUUCUCCAUACGAAGGUGGAAUAUUCAAACUGAAAAUCAAUUUUCCAGUAGACUAUCCUUUCACUUCUCCUAAAGUACACUUUGUAACUCCAAUUUAUCAUCCCAAUGUAAAUACCGAUGGAAAGAUUUGCCUAACUAUUUUAGAUAAGGAAUGGAAUCCAGCUGUUAAUAUCUCCCAAGUUCUAAUGACAAUUCAAUUACUAAUGAAGGAACCCAACCCAGAAAGUGCCGUUCUUCCAAGCAUUGGAAAACAAUACGAAAACGACAGAGAGACAUUCAACAAGGAAGCAAGAAAGCAAACCCAGGAACAUGCACUCAACACUAUUGAAGAAUAA